AUGGCUCCCUACUCUCUCAAUGAGCAGAAGCUUAAGUUACUCGGAUUUGAGGAUGAAGGUGUUAUUCAAUACUCUAGCCUUCAAUCUAGUCUCCCAAUUCCUAUCCUCGCGGCCCACUAUGGCGUGUCGAUCUUCGACUACAUGAAGGCCAGCCUUGUCAGUCUCAACAUCGACUCCGAUCAUGGUACAUCGAAUCCCGGCCAAUCGGACCUCUUGUUCACGGACAUGUUCUUGCGCGAGUAUCCUCGAUCAAGCCUAGCCCUGUACGUUAAGGCUGGCGGUAUAAUUUCAUCUACCUGCGAACCAAGCUUCCAUGGGUUUACGUGGUCAGCGCUAUUGGAUAGAGGACGUCGUGGUGGUGACCCUUUCGAGGUUAACGAAUUCUUCUUUGGAUUCGAGCCGCUGGCCAACUUCGAUGCCGCCCUGUAUCAAAAGCUUCCAUAUGAGCUUCGCAAGCAGAUCCUCUUGGAAUCCCUGGAGCCUCGAACUGUCGAAUUGCUCUUUUCCGAGAACGCGGACGCUGCCCACCCAGGCCAUACUGAAAUUGGUUUAUUCUGCAGCCAGCCACCUCCCUCUCUCGUGCAGGUCAACAAAUACUUCCGCUCUCAGCUUGUGGAUGGCGAAUCUGCUUUGUACAAGCCAAUAUUCGACCAUCGGAAAUGCAGCCGAUUCUGCUUCCCCCCUAAGGAGACCGUUGUAUUGCGUCAAAAAUGCACUGAUCCGCGCAUGAUACAUCACCCCUCAGACCCAAUCCAGGAUACAUUGAGCGGCUCAAAUACUUGGAAGGCCAACUUCAUCGAGGCUAACAAGAAGAAGCAUAAGAAGAAGAAGAACAAGGAGAAGAAGAAGGUGCUAGUACUAGCCAUCGACUGCAAAUUUGCCCAUAUUUCCAGUAUUUCUGGCCACGAAUUCCUUCCUUGGCGCGGCGAAAGUGGACAUACAGAAAAAACCAAGUCCAUUAAUCACUGCUGCGAGCAGAUGCACGACGGUAGUAGAUGA